UCCCUGGACCCCCCCCGCACUUCCUUUGUUCGCAGCGCUCGCUCAAAACUACGUGCUUUCCGCCCCCCCUCCCCCCUUCGAAGCCAUCCUCUCAGGACUGGGCCGCACCGUAUCGAGGCCAUGCUCUUAGUAUAAUCAUUAUCAUCUCGCUUGAUAUCCAAAUGGGCAAAUGGCGUUACGGAGUUGUCCUGGACGCGGGUUCGUCUGGGACUCGAGCACAUGUAUAUCGAUGGCUGGAUAAUGCCGUCGCACGGAAGGAGGCCGACGCGACAUCGUUGAAAUCCUUACCCCAGAUUGUGACCAAGUCUGACUGGACCAAAAAGAUACACCCUGGGGUUUCCACAUUUGCAGACAAGCCAGAACAAGUUGGUCAGGACCACCUCGCAGAACUGCUCCAGCACGCUCUCGAUAUUGUUCCCAAGAAUGCUGUGGACGAAACUCCCAUAUUCCUACUUGCGACCGCCGGUAUGCGUUUGCUGAAUGAUGUCCAACAAAGUCUCCUCCUCGAACAAACUUGCUCGUAUAUUCGCGCCAAUUCCGAUUUCCAGCUGCCCGAUUGUGACCUUCAUAUCCAGGUCAUUCCCGGUGUCACGGAAGGUCUGUACGGCUGGAUAGCAACAAACUACCUGAUGGGCAGCUUCGAUAUGCCAGGAAAACAUGAUCACGGCAAGGGUCACCACACGUACGGGUUCUUGGACAUGGGCGGUGCUUCGGCGCAGAUUGCCUUUGCACCCAACGCAACGGAGGCUGAAAAACAUGCCAACGAUUUGAAGCUACUGCGAUUGCGGAAUAUCGACGGCUCUGUGCAGGAGCACAAAGUCUUUGUUACUUCGUGGCUCGAGUUCGGUGUUCGCGAAGCACGCAAACGCUUCGUCAAAGCCCUUGAACUUGCAAUCGGAACAGAUGUCAUGGAGUAUCCGGACCCUUGUCUUCCAGCCGGACUUCGCACAACCCUCAAUGGGAAAGUACUGCCGCCGUCCUCGCCUGGUCCUUCUCUUGUGGGUACGGGGAGAUUCGACGAGUGUCUUGGGAUCUCAUAUACGCUACUUGAUAAGGACGCACCCUGUGCAGACGAGCCUUGUCUCUUGCAUGGCAUGCACACGCCGGCAAUCGACUUUGAUGUCAAUCAUUUCAUUGGCAUUAGCGAGUACUGGCAUACCACACAUGAGAUCUUCGAAAUGGGCCACAAGGACAAGGCAUACGACUUCAAUACAUAUCAAAGCCGGGUGAAGGAGUUUUGCUCCCAAAGCUGGGACGCUAUCGAAGAUGGAAUCGAGCAACACAAAUGGGGCAAGAAGGUCGACUGGGAAGCCGCCUCGGAGGUCUGCUUCAAGGCAUCUUGGAUCAUCAAUGUCUUGCAUGAUGGAAUCGGGAUUCCGCGCGUCGGGCUAGAAAAUACCACAGGUUCUGGCCACAAUGGCACCAAGGAAGUGCUCUCGCAUGCCGGCGAAAAGGGGUAUCUUGAUGCAUUCCAGGCAGUGAACAAAAUCGAUUCGACAGAAGUGAGCUGGACGUUGGGCAAGAUAUUACUCUACGCCUCCUCGCAGGUUCCUGCUCCUGUCGCUGAAGAGGUACUGCCCGUGGGUUUUGGCAGCAAUGUCGAUGGAAUCCCUAGCGACUUCCAAUAUCCGAGUGUUGAUCUGCUGCCACACCCCAUCGAAACCCCGAGUGAGCAUUGGCAUGACACCCUUUUCCGAGGUGAAUCCCCACGCCGGAUCCCGGGUAUCUUCCUCUUCGUCUUUAUCGUUGUUCUCGCUGGAUUCUUCCUCUGCGGCCGGAACCGUCGCCUACGGGCUUACCACAAAGUCAAUCGCUUGUUCCGCAGGCCGACGCAUCCCACUUAUCCCAAGCGGAGGGGGUUUCUGGGUGGAAAGCUACCCUUCCUAAGCCGCAACACUCCGUCGUACGAGCGGGUCCUAGAAGACGGCUCCCACGACUUCGAGCUAGGCAGUGCGGACUCAGACGGCAGCGAGAUUGUCGAGGCCGGUAGGGCAUCAGAGGACGAUUCUGUGAGCAUUUCACAACCAAAGCGAACAUCUAGCUGGGGCUCUACCACCCCGACUCUCAAAUUCGGCUUGGAAAACGGCUCCUCGGCGAGUAUCGGACUUGGGAUCAGUGCUGGUCCAGUCAGUAAUGCCAUGGACCGCGCAGGUUUGGUCGUGCGCACGGAAAGUCGCGACCAUCUAGCUCCGAUUGCACUGGGACCGACGACGAACGGACGACGAUCCAGAGCAGGCUCCCCGACUCGAUCCCACCAUAAGUCUCCGAUUAUGACUCCUUUAGCUGACGACUGAGAUUCUCUUCUCCCCCACUAUAAGCUCCUUGACGCUUCUCUUCCGGUCUAUUUCGAUUUUUACUAUACCUCUAUUUUGGAGUUUCCUGGCACGGCGGUCGAUGAAUAUCUGGGUGUUUGCGAUUUCCCCCUUUUCUAUUUUUUUUUCUUCCCCUUUAUCUCUCUGAACCCCUCGACGACUCCGCCUGCGGAUUAAUUUCUGGUAUCAUAAUUUUCUCGGUUCUGGCGCUGCUGUAUAUAGCAACUGCUUGUUGUUUUUCCUUUCAGGCCGAG